AUGGCGCCCUCCGUCGUAAUGAUAGACACCUCCGACGACUUCUUCUCAGCCCCAGUGGCGACAGAGUCAAAGCGAACCCUCCUCUUGGCGCCCCCAUCUCUCGCCUCUCACCCCUCUGCGCUCACCAACGUCGUGUCUCAAUAUGAUCGCUCUGCUACAGAUCUCCAGAUGAUCGACCGGUUGUCGGCCGGCCUCGUCAAGCUGCCGGCGGCCACAUACGACCUUGUCCUCGUCCUCGCCGAUGCGUCUUCCUCGCUCAACGAGGCCCUCCCCCUCUUGACCAGAAACAUUCUCGGUCCCAUCGCAGAGUCGCUCAAGCCCAAGGGACGAUUUCAGUCGCAAGACGGCUCAGACUUGGGGCAGAGUGCUGCUCUGACAAAGGAGGCUGUCUUGGCGGGCUUGGUUGCGUCCAACGGAGGCUUUGACAAGCCUGACUAUGGCGAUGGAGAAGGCGUCGUUUCUCUUAAGCUGUUGGGCAGAAAGAAGAAGGUUGAUGCCGCACCCGCUCUCCAGAAGAUUGAAGUCAAGCCUGUCGUCCCUAAUGGCGUCGGCUUCAUCGAUUUCUCUGACGACUUGGACGCCGAUUACGAUGACGACGAACUCAUCGACGAAGACACCCUCAUGACGGAAGAUGACCUCAAACGACCCAUCAACAUCCCUCCCGAGUGUCAACCCAAAGCCGGUAAGCGCCGCCGCGCCUGCAAGGACUGCACAUGCGGCCUCGCCGAACGCCUCGAAGCCGAAGACGCCGCCAAGCGCUCCGCCGCCGACAAGGCUCUCCAGAGCGUAAAGCUCGCCGCCGAUGACCUCACAGAGGUUGACUUCACCGUCCAGGGCAAGGUCGGCUCCUGUGGCAACUGCGCCCUGGGCGACGCUUUCCGCUGCGAUGGAUGCCCUUACAUUGGGCUCCCGCCGUUCAAGCCUGGCGAAGAGGUCAGGCUGCUGAAUAACGAGAUUCAGCUAUGA